AUGUCCACAAAGGCUAAGCCAGCUGUGGCCAAGACCUCUGGUGGAAACAAUGCAUUUCACAACUUCCAUAACGAUUUCGCCCACGUUGCCGACCUGAACGAACGCCGUCGACUUGCGCUCGCAGAAGUCGACAGAGCUCCGUUUGGCUGGUACCAUGUCCGCGCUUGUGUGGUCGCAGGCGUUGGCUUCUUUACCGACUCAUAUGACAUCUUUGCUGUGUCCAUGUUGACCAUCAUGCUUGGGAUUGUCUAUUUCCCCGGGAAGGGUAGCAUGCCUACCUCUUCAGACAAUGCAAUUAAGCUAUCGACGUCCGCCGGUACUGUCGUCGGCCAGCUGCUUUUCGGUUGGCUUGCCGAUGUGGUUGGUCGUAAACGCAUGUACGGCUUGGAACUCAUCAUCAUCAUCUUUGCAACACUAGCUCAGGCUUUGACAAGCGGCUCACCCUCCUGCAAUAUCAUCGGCCUCAUCAUCUUCUGGAGAGUCAUAAUGGGUGUGGGCAUUGGCGGUGACUAUCCUCUGUCUUCCAUCAUCACCUCGGAGUUUGCCACCACUAAAUGGCGAGGAGCUAUGAUGGCUGCUGUUUUCGCCAUGCAGGGAUUUGGACAGCUCGUCGCUGCUCUAGUGAUGCUGUUCGUAACCCUUGGCUUCAAGUCUCAGCUGGAAACUGCUGCCAAGACUAUCGAUUGUACUGGCUCUUGUCAAGUCGCUGUAGACAAGAUGUGGAGAACGCUGAUUGGUUUCGGCGCUGUCCCUGCUUGCAUCGCCCUCUACUAUCGUCUUACUAUUCCGGAAACGCCUCGCUACACGUUUGAUGUCGCCCGUGACGUGGAAAAGGCAAAUGAAGACGUCAAGGCCUAUAUAAGCGGCAAACGCGAGGGCUACUCAGAUGAGGUUGCUCGUGCGACAACGCACAAGGCCGCAAAAGAAACCCUCGAGAUCCCUCAAGCCAGUUGGUCUGAUUUCGUCCGCCACUAUAGCCAACGCAAGAACUACCUUCUCCUUCUCGGGACCGCCGGCUCAUGGUUCUGCCUUGACGUUGCUUUCUACGGACUCUCUUUGAAUAACGGUACCAUUCUCAGCGUUAUUGGUUAUUCGACCAGCCACGCGCAUAACGUGUACCAGUAUUUAUACAACACGGCAGUCGGAAACGUCAUCAUCGUCUUAGCCGGCGCUGUUCCUGGAUACUGGGUCUCUGUCGCAACGAUUGAUACCCUGGGACGAAAGAAGAUCCAGAUGGGUGGAUUUUUGAUUCUCACAGUCCUUUUCAUCAUUAUGGGCUUUGCUUACUACCACAUUUCGUCGAAUGGCUUGCUUGCCAUCUACGUCCUCGCACAAUUCUUCUUCAACUUCGGGCCUAAUACGACAACCUUCAUCGUCCCCGGUGAAGUGUUCCCGACCCGCUACCGAUCCACUUCACACGGUAUAUCUGCCGCCUCCGGGAAGAUUGGCUCCAUUAUCGGCCAAGGCGCCAUCUCCGUCCUCCGCACCCAUGGCGGUACCCCGGAGAACCCCAAUCCCUGGAUGGAUCAUGUCCUCGAGAUUUACGCCCUAUUUAUGCUCCUCGGCUGCCUUACUACGCUCCUCAUUCCCGAAACCGCGCGCAGGACCUUGGAAGAGUUGAGCGGCGAGGAUGACUAUUCAUCUACCGCCAUGGUGGGAACAGAGUUACCACAACUCGAGACCAAGAAGGAUGACGAUAACGGCAGUCAAGUUCCAUUUGCACAAGGGAACUAUGCCUAA